UUUUUUAAAAAAAAAAUAUCAAAAAAACAAAAGAAAUGUCAUAUAAAUUUUGGGAAGCUGCAAUCAACGAUUAUGAAAAAUUGCUUGAAACCAGAGAAGGAUCUGAUGUUAUUAUAUAUGCUGGCGAGAAUAAAAAAGAAUUUCGUGCUCAUUCAGCUAUCUUAUGCGCUAGGUCCGAAUACUUUCGCGCAGCUUUCUCAAACAACUGGGCUGAGAAAAAAGACGGAAUGCUUAUUUUUAAAAAACCAAACGUUGAAUCCAACCUGUUUCAAAUUAUUCUCAGAUUCAUUUAUUGUGGAGACGUUAAUUUAACAAAAUUACAAUGUUUUGAAGUGUUAAAACUUUUAAUUGCAGUGGACGAAUUGGAUAUUCAACCUUUAAUUUCAUGUAUUCAAAAAUACUUCUUAACUAUAAAUAAAUCUGAUUUCUUAUACAAAGACCCUAUAGAAAUUCUUGAGAUAGUUUAUCAAUAUGAAAAAUUCACAGAUUUAUGGAAUUUUUGUUUUGAUAUAGCUUGUGAAAAACCUGAAAAAUUAAUCAAUUCCGAUAAAUUUAUUAAUUUAAAAGCACCUUUAUUAGAAAUGCUUUUAAAACGGGAUGAUUUUGCUUUGGAUGAGAUUAUUAUAUGGGAAAGUUUAAUUAAAUGGGGUCUUGCUCAAAAUUCUACUAUACCAAAAGAUGUUAAAAAAUGGAGUAAAGAGCAAUUUACAAUUAUGGAAAGUAUUCUUCAUGGAUUUAUUCCAUUAGUUAGAUUUCAUCAAAUUCCUUCAUUUGUCUUUUUUUAUAAAGUUUUACCUUAUAAAAAAUUGUUACCUAAACAACUAGUUUAUGAGAUUUCAGAAUAUCAUAUAGUUCCGGAUAAAAAAUUGACUAUUAACAUACAACCUCCUAGGAAACAAAAAUUAUUAAAAUUUGAUUCAUCCCUUACCCAGUAAAUAGUCAUCGUUUGUAAUUUAUAUCGUAUUCAUUUGGAAUUUAUGUAUAUUGUUAAUUUUAUAUACUAAAUUUGAGCCACGCACUUAAUAAAAUUUAAAAAAAUUGUUUUCUAAUA